UGAUGUUAACAUCUCUAUCCAAUACCAUAUGAUUUAUUUGAAGCCGGAAUAAUAUAAAUAAUAAUGCUGAAUAUCACAAGGCUUUUAUUAAAUAAAAAUGGAUUUUUGCCGGUUAAUCGCUAUAACCAUUUGCUUAGUCGCAAUUCCCGAAAGAAUAUUAAUUUUGAAUCUAAAUUGGGGAGAAGUUGGCAAACACGUUGCAACAGUACACAAGAAAAAAGUGAUAAAAUAGUAGGAUCGUGGCUAUUAUGUUGCGGUGGUAUGGUAUAUGUUGCGGUAGCUCUUGGUGGUGUAACACGGCUCACAGAGUCAGGUUUAUCUAUGGUGAACUGGAAAUUGCUUGGUGAAAAAAAGCCAACAACUAUAGAGGAAUGGAAAGCAGAGUUCUCGAAUUAUCAGCAGUACCCAGAGUAUAAAUUGAAAAAUCGCUCAAUGACUUUGGAAGAAUUUAAAUUUAUAUAUAUGAUGGAAUAUAUUCACAGAAUGUGGGGCCGUGGAAUUGGAGCAGUUUUUUUAAUUCCAGCAGUUUAUUUUUGGAAAAGGGGCUAUUUAACAAAUUCCACUAAAAAACGUGUUGUAAUACUUGGCGCACUCAUUGGUUUACAAGGACUUAUGGGUUGGUACAUGGUUAAAUCUGGACUGGAAGAUAAAUUUCAAGAAGUUAAUGAUGUACCCAGAGUAUCACAGUAUAGAUUAGCUUCACAUCUAGCGGUUGCCUUUGUUCUAUACAGUGUGUUUUUGUCAUCAGGAUUAAGGAAAUUAUUACCUUCAACCGAAAAUCUUACGUCUUCAAAACAUCUUUUGCAUUUAAAAAAAUUGGCGAAUCUAUCCAAAGGGUUUGUAUUUCUCACAGCUGUAUCAGGAGCGUUUGUAGCUGGACUUGAUGCCGGUUUAGUUUAUAAUUCUUUUCCUAAAAUGGGUGAUAAGUGGAUUCCUGAUGACAUUUUUUUAUAUCAACCGAUGCAGAGAAACUUUACGGAAAACCCCACAACAGUGCAAUUUAAUCAUAGAAUUUUUGGAAUUACAACUGUAUUCACCGUUUCUCUCCUAUGGAUGUAUUCAAGAAAAUGUGUUUUGCCUAAACGCGUAUCAUAUGCUAUAAACGCCACUAUGACAAUGGCAUGGUUACAAGCAACUUUAGGCGUUUCGACUCUAUUAACUUACGUCCCCAUAUAUCUUGCUACAGCUCACCAAUCUGGUUCUCUGCUGUUACUUUCGUUUGCUCUUUGGUUAAGUCAAGAACUGCGUUACCUAAAGUAUAUUCCCAAAUAAAGCGGGAAACAAUAUACAUAUGUAUGAUUAUAAUUAGUAUAUUUACUUGAAUGUAUUAAAAUAAAAACUAUUAUAGACUUCA